AUGACUUCCGAGGUCCGCUUCACGCUGCUCGCGAAGGCGGAGGAGCUUGCCGCCCUCUGCGACGUCCGCGUGGCCGUGGUGAUGCACGGCCCCAGCGAGACUGAGCCGACGGUCUGGCCGGCGGUGCCGGAGGCCACGGACAUCCUGCACAGGUACGCAAACCUACCUGACUCCUCCAAGGACAGGAGCACACUUGAUUACGAGGGCUACCUGCGCCAGCGCAUCGAGAAGCUGAGGAAGGAGGUGGACAACGACAAGAUCGCCAACCGCGACCGCGACAUCAACCUCAUCAUCCACGACCUCAUGCUGGGCUGCGGCCAAAACAUCGACGACAUGUCCCCUGAGCUCCUUGCCGACAUCAACUCGGUACUGGAGACGCGCAUGAAAGUCGCUACCGACCGCAUCAACUUCCUCUGCUCGGAGGGUGCACCGGCAAAGCUUCUGCGGCCACCGCGGGAUGCUGAGUUGGUGACGGCAUCGCAAGAACCACCAAUGUGUCCACCACUUGUGGUGGCGCCGAUGGUGGAGGGCGCGCCGCUUGCGCUGCCGACCGCGGCGCCUCCUUCUGCUCCAGCUUCUUCGCCCAUGGACUAG